UAAAUACCAUACUUCUCAUGAAAACCAUUAGCACCCAAAAGACAAUAAAAUCUCGACAAAAAAAGGAUGAUGAACUCAUCCUUUUUGCGAGUAAUAUUACUCUUAGGUGCCAUUAACCUCUUCAUUUCAAUAUCAACAACCAAAGCUGCAACACUCGGUCAAGUAUUCGAAAUCUGUAGGAGUUUAUGUCUGGGAUGUGACCACGACUCGUUACAGUUCUUGUUCCGACACAACUUGGUCCGUGCCGCGAGAUUCGAACCUCCUUUGAUAUGGGAUCAAACACUCCAGAACUACGCUCAAAAUUGGGCUAAUCAAAGAAAGUCAGAUUGUGCUUUGCAACACUCUUUCCAAGACGGAGAGUUUACUCUCGGCGAGAAUAUUUUCUGGGGAUACGGCGCCAACUGGUCACCGGCCGACGCUGUGGUCGCGUGGGCUAGCGAGAAGAGGUUUUAUCAUUAUGGCUCCAACUCGUGCGACUCUGGACAGAUGUGUGGGCAUUACACACAGCUCGUGUGGAAGGACACGAGGAAGAUCGGGUGCGCACGUGUGGUGUGCGACAAUGGUGGGAUCUUCAUGACUUGUAACUAUGAUCCUCCCGGUAACUACAUCGGUCAGAAACCCUAUUGAUCGAUCAUUCAUCUUAUUUUUAGAAGUUUUUAUGACUUUUUAAAGGAAGUUAGGUGGAUGUAUUGUGUAUUUUACUAGAAAUAGAUGUGUGUUGUGGAGUUUGUGAUAUUGAAUACGUUUGUGUCUCUAUACGUGAUUUUGUUCACGUCAAGGUUGUAAUUGCAUUUACGGUUACUUAUAUAUCCGUUAGAAUGCCCAAUAUACAA